AUGGAUGAGGACCCUGGAUAUCAAGAUGAGCUUUGCCUCUGGCUGGAUGAAGCUGUGUCCAAGACAGCGAAGCCCAGCAACUGGGAAGCUGACACCGUGCAGAGCUUUGAGCAUGACAUGCUAGGAAAGGCGGAGAUGGGCAACAAAUUGGGCAUCCGCAACUGCUUCACAAGCAUGUAUGAAGACCCUGUGAAGCUGUGGUUGAACAGCUUUGAACCUGCAACACUAUUUGGUGUGUUUGUCAUUACAGGCACUCCCGGCAUUGGGAAAUCCGUUUUUUUGGCUUAUGUGGCAAGUCGUUUGGCUGAAGAGGGCAUCAACAUCGUCAUCCAGCUGGGCAAAAGGUGGUGGUCGCGCAUUUCAGGGCAGACCAUCACGCACAAUGACACAUGGCCGGUCAAACUCCUUGACGACUCCAAAACUGUUCUAUUGGCAGACCCAGUUGGCGGUGAGAACUCGCAGCCUGUUGACCCUCGCAUGCGUGGUUGCACCAUUAUUUUCACUUCGCCACAGCAGAAGAACUACGACAGUGUUUGGAAACAGGCUGAAGGUCGUUCAAAGCGCUAUUUCAUGCCAAUUUGGUCAGAAGAGGAGGUGCUGAACCAUUGGAAAGCUGGGGGCAUACUGCAAAUUUGCAAGGAAGAGGCAGUCGUGAAGAUGGCAUAUUCCAUGCUUGGAGGGAGUGUGCGAUAUUUGGAGAAAUUGCUGGUGGCAGUAGCCGAGAAUAAGACCACUCUGGAAGAGGAAGCAAAGCAGAUGAUUCGCGACUGCGUCGUCAAGUGCACGUUUGAAGAGUUGUGUCAGGCUGCUGACAGUGGCGGUGCAGACAUGGAUGCACAGAACAACAGGAGCAAGAUGAGUCGGGUGCUACAUAUCCAUUCGGAUGCCAAAUUUCAGACGCCCAAUGUGAAGUUGAUUGAGUCCGAGGUUGUUCUCAACGUUUUGUGUGACCAACUGGCAGAGAAGCAACAGAAAGCUCUCCCUGACCUUAUCAAGGCAAGUUUGAAUAUCAGCCCUUUGGGCACACAGUGCGGUCGGCUAUUUCAGAUGCAUGUCGCCAAGGUUUGCAAAUCCAAGAAGGUGGAGCUUGUUUGCACUGCAUUGAAGACGAGUAAGGACAAGACAGAGCCAGCUGCAUUCAAAAUUGGCAUCCCGACGCAUCAGAAGAUGCUCAAGAAGUUGGGUGACCAGCCACCACCGAAGCCUUUGCCAGAAUUUGAUGAGAAUUGCUUGUAUUGUCCUGAAUCUGAGGCAUUUCCAGCCGCUGAUUUGUUCUUUGUUACAAAGGAGGGCAAGAACAUCACGCUUUGGCUACUGCAGGUCACGAAGGCGAAAAGUCACGACUGCAAGAUUGGUGCUUCUUACAAGCAGUUCAAAAACUAUUUCCAACUGAAUGGAGUCAAGACCAUCAACUGGGUUGUAGUCGCUCCUGAAGGUGACAUUGCAGAAGGGUAUGCAUUGAAGCAGAAGGUUGUCGGCACAUGGGAUGUUUCGGAGAAAUGCAAGUUCAACUUUGAGCAGCGCGACAUCCUGGAGAUUGUGAGUAGAGAGCCGGCGGCGCGGCUCGAGUACGAGCAGCUCAGGGAGACGAGGAAGAGGCCCAUUGAGGCUGAGGAUGGGUUCCAGAAACUGCCGGCGGACUGGCAGGCCAUCUACUGGGCUGCCCCGGAAUUCAACGCCAAGGCGGAUUUCGAGGAGUUCGCGGAGCGGCAGAAGCGCCUGAAGCGGCGGAAGGAGAAAGACUCUUCCGAGACAACGCGCUGGGAAGGCCGGCCCGGGGAGAGUUUGGAGCAGCAGAUAGCGAGGCUGCAGAGUGAGGUGACCCAGCUCCACAAGGAGGCCAAAGAGAAGCAGAAGGUCCAAGAGGAGUGGGCCAAGAAGGUGGCGGAGGCUCGUGCUCUCAGAAAAGAGGGCGAGGAUCUGUCCAGGCGGGUGCUUCAGGAGUUCGAGACGGCCAGCUACGACCAUGCGGUCGCCCGGGGCCAACUCAGGUCUUCGGACAUGUACUUCCAGUUCCUUACCCAGGACACGCAGGACAAUGGGAAGCUGCAGGUGUCCACUUUGGAGCGGUCCUGUGCGCUCAUGGACAAGACGAUGGACCUUCUCAAGGGUCACAUCCGGACACUGCACGAGGUGCAGCACGUGUCGGCCAGCUACGAGCUGGAGCCCACCCCGGGCUUGUCCCCCGGCCUCUCCCCGGGCCCAGGCCUGACGCCCUUGACGCCUCGCACCCCCAUGACCGCCGCGGUGAAGCUGCGGGCCCUCAAGGUGUGCUUUGACUCACCAGACCUUGCUUGUCGCAUGAACUUGGGCGGCUACGCGCGAAUCCCAUGCUUCGAAAGGCCCAGGAAGGAGAGGCCCGCGCCUCUGCCAGACGCCUUCUUCUCGAAGGAGGACAUCCCGGUUCACAACACCUUCAUUCAGUUCGACACCCCUGGUGUGGAAGAUGAGAAGUCCCUCGCCACAGCUCCCGCAUGGAUAGGCAACUCCCUGCAGAACUCCCUGCAGACGGGCCUGGUGCCCAACGCCAAGGCCAAAGAGGAGGCAGAGGCCGCGAGGCCGUUGCCGGCAGAUCUGCCGUCAGUAGGAUCUGCACAGCAUCACGAAGGCCUGUGCAAGCGCUGCUGCUUCUUUCCAAAAGGACGGUGCAACAACGGGCGGGACUGUGAGUUCUGCCACUUUGAGCACGAGAAGCGGAAGCGGAAGAAGAAAAAGAAGGGAGCGCUCAAGGGCAAGGAUUCGGACAGUGAGGAGGAGGACUCCGACGAUCCGAAGGACCCGGACGGGAAGGAGGGCGACAGGCCUUACGCCGGAGCGAGCCAAACCCCGGAGGCGUGGGCCAGCCAAAGCCACAUGCAGGCGAUGGGCCCGCCCACGCAGCCGCCCUUGCUCCCCCCCGGGCACGGGCACCCCGGGCACCCCGGGCACCCCGGGCACCCCGGGCACCGGCUCCCGGACGAGCCGCCGCACUUCCCGGAGCAGCUGCCGGCCAUGUCUCCUGCACAGCUGGACGCCUACUAUGCUGGCAUAAGCUCCUGCCCUCAGUUUUGCCAGUAG